AUGUCAGGCCGUCUCCAAGGAAAGACCGCAAUUGUCACAGGCGGCGCAUCAGGCUUCGGCAAAGGCAUCGCCACAAAAUUCAUCUCCGAAGGCGCCAACGUCAUAAUCACCGACCUCAACGAGCAACAAGGCCAAGCCGUCGCCCAAGAACUAUGCUGCUCCUUCACCCGCGCAGACGUCACCAACCCCGAUGACUGGCGUCGCGUUCUCGAGUUUGCUAUUGAGAAGUACAAGCAGCUCGACAUCGUCGUCAACAAUGCUGGCGCUGCUUACUCCAAAAAGCCAACCGAGGAUGUCACCCCCAAGGACUUUGAUCUUGUGAUGAAUGUCAAUGUCAAGAGCGUUUAUUACUCUACUAAUGUGCUGGUGCCGUACUUUUUGAAGGAGGGCAGACCGGGGUGUUUUAUUCAGGUUGCGAGUACGGCGGGGAUUAGACCGAGACCUGAGUUGACGUGGUAUAAUGCCUCAAAGGCGGCUGUUAUUAAUGCUACCAAGACGAUGGCUGUUGAGUAUGGACCCAAGCAGAUUCGGUUCAACUCUGUUUCUCCUGUUGUUGGAAGCACUGGCAUGACACAUCUGUUUAUCGGCAAGCCGGAUACUGAAGAGAACCGAAAGGGCUUUGUUUCCACAAUCCCAAUGGGUAGACCUUCGACACCUAGCGACAUUGCUAAUGCUUGCUGCUACUUGGCUAGUGAUGAAGCCUCCUUCAUUACUGGUGUCGAUCUGGAGGUUGAUGGAGGUCGCUGCGUAUAA